GAGCUGCAGAGGGACGUCUUUCGGGACUAGGAUGGCUGAUGUGGAGCCAUCGCCCUACGGCGACUGCAAAUUCGUCGCUCGAGUGGAGCACAUCAAGACUUUAACCCAGGCCAUCAAGUCAAUCUGCUUUAAUGAUUAUGGCAUGCUGCAAGUCUCCGAAGAUGGCUUGCGCAUCACCGUGGAGCAGGGCAAGUCCAUCCAGGCUACGCUUUUCAUGCCGCCAGGUGCCUUCAUGGAGUUCAGUGUGCAGGACUUCCAGUGCUUCGGUCUAAAAAUGAAUGUGCUGUCCGAGUGCCUCCAACUCUUCGGAUCCGCCGACUGCAGCAUGCGGAUGAUGUACAGGGAUAAGGGCGAUCCCCUGAGGAUCAUUCUCUAUCCACACGACGACGAUGAUGUGAGCACGGAGUGCGCCAUCAAAACUAUGGACUGCGAUGAGCCAAUCGACUACGAUCAAAAUCUGAAGGAUCCGGAUCUAAAUGUUAUUUUCGUGCGCGGACCAAAUCUAUCGAAGGUGUUCCACGAACUGGAGAAGUCUGCGGAGGAAUUCGAGUUCGUGACAUCGCCGAACCGACCGCACUUUAAGAUCACCACAGUUGGGAUCAUGCAGGCGGUGUUCAGCGUCGAGGUGGCCAAAACCAGUCCCAUGAUGAUGAUGUUCAACUGCAAGCAGACGGUGGUGGCUCGCUACAAGAGCCAGCAGAUCCGCAUAACCAACAAGGCGAUGCAGUCGGCCACCAAGGUGGCCAUCAAAACCAACUCCGUUGGCCUGCUGGAACUGCAUCUGGUGUUGCAGGGCGAUGGCCAGGAUGAGAUAUUCAUUCAGUUCUUCAUAAUUCCUUUGCUUAACACUGAUUAAACCAGGAAUAGAAGCUACUUAGCUUAUAAAAUAUAGCUUUACAUUGUUGUUAAAACCUUAGAAGCGUUUCCGAUCGUUAUACUUAAAUUCGAAGUGAGGCAUGAUUAUGGUGCCCUGCUCCAAUGAAAGCAACUUUCUUUGUCAGCCAGAUGGCAAACGUCGUAGAAACACCAUACAAUUUAAAUAAAUAAAUAUUUACUUUUACAAUGUACUGGUCAGUGUGAAAGUAGAUUGAAAUACAAUCAAGCAGUAGCUGAUAAGUCAGCUAUCAAUAAAUAUACUUGUGCGUCGAGA